ACACCAGGGCUGGCAAUGCCCGGGCUGUGCUGGGCUGGGCUGGGCUCUGCCCUGGGCUCGGCACCGCCGCUCGCCACAGCCCCGGGAGCGGCCCGAGCAGCGCCCGGCCAGGCUGCAUUGGAAACGAACACAGGGGUUCUGCAGGCCGUGGAUGACUUGCUGCGCUGCGGGAUCUGCUUCGACUACUUCAGCAUCGCCGUGAUCAUCCCGCAGUGCUCGCACAGCUAUUGUUCCCUUUGUAUCCGCAAGUUUCUGUCCUACAAAACGCAGUGUCCAACAUGCUGUGUGGCAGUCUCAGAAUCUGACCUGAGAACCAACCGGCUUUUAGAUGAUCUAGUGAAGAGCUUUAAUUCUGCAAGGCAGCAGCUGCUGCAGCUGGUGUUGGAUGCUGCCCCAGCUCCAUCCCCCCCAGCCCCUGGCCAGUGUCCGGCUGCCGAGAGCCACAGCAGUGCUGGUGCCCAGCCAGAGCCUGCAGAGGGGCCAGGGAUCCACAGCUUCCCGAGGAAGGACAAAGGCUGCACCUCCACAGAGGCAGGGCUGCCAUGCCCUGCUCAGAAGAGUGUCAAAACUGAGGAGCACCAUGACCUGCACAGCACUCCUGCAGAGGUUGGUGGCAAAGACAGCAAAGUGGGGUCACAGGAGAUUCCUGGGUGCACCGAAAAUCAUGAGAAGCCUUCUACAUCUGUGGUGAAAGGAGAGAGGAAAGUGGAAUGUCCUGUUUGUGAGGUUGCUAUUCUAGAGCAAUAUAUCAACAAACAUCUGGAUAGCUGCUUGAGCAGGGAGGAGAAGAAGGACAGCCUGCGAAGUUCUGCUCACAAAAGGAAGGUGAUGUCCAAAGUUGUUUAUAACCUGCUGUCGGAUCGGGACCUGAGGAAGAAGCUCAAGGAACACGGUCUGUCCACCUCUGGGACCCGCCAGCAGCUCAUUAAGAGGCACCAGGAGUUUGUGCACAUGUACAAUGCUCAGUGUGAUUCCCUAAACCCCAAAUCAGUUGCAGAGGUUGUUAAAGAGCUGGAAAAGAAUGAGAAGAUUCGGGUUCAGCUGGAGUGUAAUAAAGCUGGUGAAAAUAGCUUGACCUUCACAAAGGACCAGACAGAGGAAGAAAUAGAUGAGAUCCAUGCUGAAUAUCGAAACAAACACAGAAGUGAAUUCAAGUUCUUGGUGGAUCAAGUAAAUAAACGGUGGAAGAAGACAGGUGACAGGAAAGCAGAAAAGACUCAAAACAAAGAUGAAAUUGCUGUCAAAGAGCUGCCAGGAGCCACAGAACCUGGGGAAGAGCAUCACUCAGCUGUUGUCCCUGGAAAAGCCCAGACACUCCAAUCAGAAAUUCCUGAUGGCCAGAGAAGUGAAUCCCAUUGCUUGAAGGCAUACCAGAGAUCAUCCUCUCCUGAAUUCUCCCUCUCAUCUGCCUCCACAAGCAGCACCAAUUCGGACAUUCUGGCAGAUGUGGAAGGGUCUGACACGUGUUCAGCAUCCUCUGACAGCAGCAGCUCGGUGGCCCUGGCAGGGAACAAGAGGAAGCUGCGGCGGUCUCGAGUCCCUGAGGAGAAGGACAAGGACGGAGUGAUGCCCCAGGGCAAGCGCAAGAGGAGCUAGUGCUGCAUGCUGGGAAACACCUCCUGGCCUUUUCCCAUUCCCACUGUACCUGGGUACUGAGUAAAACGCUCCAUUUUCACAUCACUGCCAUUCCAGCUGCCUUAAUGACCAGGCUGCUGGGUUUGCCCACAGCCCACUGAUGGUUGGGGUUGGGCACAGAGUGCCAGAGCCCUGUGGGAGCCUGGCCUGGCUCCUGUGCCUGAGUUCCCUUGCUAGAGCAGCAGCUGGGUGUGUGUGCUGCCACUGCUCUUGCUUGCACCCUCUGGAAGCCUCCUCUGCCCUCCUGGAAGCAGCUGCAGGACAGUUCUGUGGGGGUGGGCAGGUACUGGUGCCCCAGUUUGUGGCACAGCCAGGGGAGGGAGGGAGGAAUGGGGGGAGAUUCUGUCCUACACUAACAGGCUUUUUUAUAUAUGUCUGUGUGAACUGACUCAGCAUUGUGUGUCAUCAUUUCAGCUUGAAGCCCUGAAACUGGAAAGGAAUCUGAAGGUUGUUGGGCAUGAAGUGUUCUAGCUUUCAAGCAAAUGAUUACAUUGAAAGGUCUGAUCUUCCUUAGGAGCUGGUGGUAUUUUGUGAUGCAAUAAAGCAGUGCAAGAAAAUGAGGGAAAUGCAAGAAACCUGAACACCAGGGAAGAGUUUGAAAAACAAAGCUUGUAAGCAAAAUAUGAAAAAUACUUCAGGUGCUUUUGCUGAGCCCUGAAGUUUUGGUCAGAGCCUGUCAGUGGGAGCUUGGCAAGGAAGGCAGAAAAUCUGGGAAGAUUGAGAGUUGUUGUGUCUUGACUUCAAACUGUAGCUGGGAUUCAGAAAUAAUCCUCCUCAAGCCAUGGUUCCCAGGAAUAUUUGUGUUUGGAACAGGCUAAAUCACGGCAGAUAUAAACUAUCAUAAGUGCCUGAGGUGGAGAGAUGCAGAGGCAAAGCAGGAAUCUGGUUGUGUUGAUUUGGUUAUUUUUCUACUAAACCAAACCUUUUGAAAGAGCAAUUACUGAUGUCUGCUUUAGGGCUGCCCUUUUGUCACAGCAGCUCACACCAGGCUUUGGAAUUGGUUGCAGUUGGCCAGUGAAUGGUGAUAAUAUUGGGGAUUAUUGCCAUAAAGGGCAGAGCAGCUGCUGUGGUGGUGAGGGAGGGCACUGCUGUGGGGACACAGGGCUGCUGUGGGCAGGUACUGACAUUUCCCUGGAAAUGAGCUGAAAUUCCACCCUGCCACGGGAGUGUGGCAAUUCCAUGGGGCAGGAGAAGGGAGAGAGCAGCUGACAUGUUAACUAGGGCAUGGAUCAGACUGGUUUGCUGACAGCCUGUGAAGAGUAAUUGUUUUUAUAUCACUCGUUGUUGUCAUCACCAUUUGAAGUCCCAACUGGUGACCUGUGCCUGAGAUGGAGCUUUCUCCCUCCUUUUGCAGGGGCUGUGGGUUGGUGCCAGAGGAGAGCAGUGGAUUUGUGGAGCUCACAAACACGAGUGGGGUGUGUGGCUGUGAGACUUGGUGGCCGAGGUGCAGGGGAGCAGACACCCUGGGCAGUGUGAGGCUCAGGGAAAAAAGUGGAUUUGAUGGUCUGGUGUCUGACCCAGUGGGUGUGAUCCCCCCCUAACCCAGUGGGUGCCUGGGCAGGAUCCAGUCUCUCUUGCCAGACCCAGGGCCAGCUCCAGCCCCAGGCAAGUUGCCAGGGUGCUGCCAGGUCCAGCCUUUGCUCCUGAUCCCCCGGGUGCCAUACAUGAAGCUUGCUGCACAUCUCACCAGCCCAGGAUUCACAGGAACUGCGUAACAUAAGGGAAAAAACAACAGGGAAGGAAACAGAGUGUCCUCCCCACGCUCUUGUGUCCCCUGCUCCCCUGGGCAGCUCUGCUCCUCCGUCACUGAGUCAAGGGGCAAGUGGGAGCAGUCAGGGGCUGUGAGCAGCGGGGCUGGGGGCACAGGUCACGGCCAGAGGAGCCAAGGCAGUGCUGGCAGGGGAUGUCCAGGGUCCUGCUGGGGCUGAGCAUGGCCCACAGCCCAUCCAGGGGGAAAACCCCACCACUGUGUUCUUAGAGUGAGUAACCAUGAAGUUCCUGCAUCCUCCUGGCCCCUCUUCACUGGGCUGAUGGUGAGUGAUGUUUGUCACAUCCCCUGCAGCUGCUGCCUUGUGCUGGGCUUGGCACUCCAGGGGUGAGUGCCAGGGCCCCUCCAUCCCACCCUGCAGUGGGUCCAGCCUCUGCAGCAAUGCCCAGAGUGGAUCUGAGGCAGUUCCCAAUGGCUCCCUGGACAAUUGGGAGUAGGGCAGAAGCUCCCAUGGGGCAGCCAGGGUGGUGCUGGGCUGGGAACCUUUGGGAAGGGCUGCUUUGGGCAGGGAAUCCAUUCAGGAGGAAAUGAAUUAAGUCAUGGGGCAGUCCCUCAGGCCAAGGCAGAAGGGCAAAAGUGAAAACAAAAUAAUCAGAAAGUAAAAAUGUCCUGUCCGUGAGAAAAGCAGAGAUCCUGGGAAUGGGGGAGAGGCAGGAGCAGAGUCACCCUGCUGGCCAUGGGUCACCCUACUGGCCAUGGGUCACCCUACUGGCCAUGGGUCACUGCUGGCCAUGGGCCUCCCUGCUGGCCAUGGGUCACCCUGCUGGCCAUGGGUCACUGCUGGCCAUGGGUCACUCUACUGGCCAUGGGUCACCCUGCUGGCCAUGGGUCACUGCUGGCCAUGGGCCUCCCUGCUGGCCAUGGGUCACUCUGCUGGCCAUGGGUCACUCUGCUGGCCAUGGAACUCCCUGCUGGCCACGGGUCAUCCUGCUGGCCAUGGGCCUCCCUGCUGGCCAUGGGUCACUCUGCUGACCAUGGGCUUCCCUGCUGGCCAUGGGUCACCCUGCUGGCCAUGGGUCACUCUACUGGCCAUGGGUCACUCUGCUGGCCAUGGGUCACUCUACUGGCCAUGGGUCACCCUGCUGGCCAUGGGUCACUCUACUGGCCAUGGGUUACCCUGCUGGCCAUGAGUAACCCUGCUGGCCAUGGCCCUCUCUGCUGGAAUAGCAGCUGGGGCUCAGCAGGGGUUUGGGUGGGGGGCUCUCCUGGUUUUGUGGGGCUUUGCAGGUAUCAGGGAGCUUCUGUUGGAUUGUUUUUGCCAGGCAGAGGGAAUUUGCCCAGGCUGUGGUAACUGUUCCUGCCUGCUCAGAACAGCUUCUCUCUGUUCCCAAACUUUGCCUUGUGGUUACUGGGUGAGCUGUGACCCAGCUGGGCACACGGUGGGUGACCUGUCACACUGGGCUGUCACACACAGCUGGGCACUCUGAGCUGUCACACACAGCUGGCAUCAGAGGAGCCAGAGGGCCUGAAUUCAAAAUCAUUUGGACAAAUUGGCUGCAAAACAACCACCUGGAAUUAAAUAAAGAAGAGGAUGAAUUACCAGCUUCAGGAAGGAGAAGGUAAACACAUUACUGCAAAUGGGAAGUAAUUAGUGAGGCAGAAAAGUUUGUGUAAAUCUAGCUGGCUUUCAUUUUUACUGUGAGAGCUCACUGCUCUGGUGAAUUAUUUGGCCCCACGGAGCAUUCCUGGAGCCUGGGCUGGGGGUUCAUUGCAGGUAUUCGGUGGGACAGAAAUGGGGGCUGUGGGAACACCCUCACCUGUGGGGGCAUUCCCAGGUGCACGCCUGCUUAGGUACUCACACAUACACUGAAUUAUCCUGAGGGCUGCAGCCUCCUUCAUACCCCUUGGCUAAGAUUUUGUUGGAGUGAUGAGCACCAAACUCGAUUCACUUCCCUUUAUAUACAUGUGUAAAUAACUGUAGAAUUUGCACAUGAAUAUAUAUUCAAACAGACUAUAUUCUGGUUUUGUUCUGGCUCUUCUCUCUUUACCU